AUGUUGCUGGUCCUUGUUCUUAGCGUAUUUUUACGCCUUGCAGUUGCAUCAGAUGCAGACUUGCAACUAAUCCUUGAUGGAGUUAACGAAAUAUAUUGCAACGGAUGCGUGCCUGGCGUGAUGGUUGUUUUUGGCAACAAUUCCUUCCCAAUAUUAUCGGGCACCGAUAAUGGUCAGAUGUUUCCUAUCGCCGCCGCGUCUCGUUAUGGAGCGGGUAGAGUCAUAACGGCGUCACACGAUAGCUUACUAAGUGUCCGACCAGGACUAGUCGAUUCGGAUAGAUUCCUCAUAAAUUCCAUAAAUUGGGCAUGUAAUUGGACCUCGAGUGAUGUAACUGGUCGAAAGGCUGCAGUUCUUCAAGGAUACUCUGGUGCCACCAAUUUGAACAACUUCUUGAACAACUACACGCAGUACGACUCCCAAAUUUUGCCAUUCUCCAGUCUAAGUAACCUAGCCGUGUUGAAACAAUUCAACGUCCUAAUCAUGCAAAACAUGUGGCAAUAUACCCUAGAAGAUAACCUCAUCGAUAUUAUAAAACAAUAUGUUAGUGAAGGUGGCUCCCUGGUGACAGCGAUGACCUCUUGGAUUGCAGAUGUCAAUUGGGACUUUUACGGAAACAGACUAACCCGUGACGCCGGAAUGAUUUGGUUGUCUCAAUAUGCAUUCGCCACAUCACCUAACGGCAACCUUAAUACAUCCACUGCCUUAUUGGUUGACACGCAUAGUGAUCUUGUGAUUCAAAACGUCCUUACUAUUCUAACCAAUCCGGAAGUCGAGUUCCCUGGAAGCCACAAUCAACAAGGUGGGAUAAUCAAGAACACAAUUCAACACCUCCCACAUGAUCGCAUCGGCGAAUUAGCAGCCUUAAAAAAUGCCAUAUCCAACUUGACAGCCAUUAUUCCCAGUAAAGAAAAUCCCGUGGCAUGGACGCCGUACAAUAAAUUUCAGGUUGAUACAGAAUUUUCUAUGUGGGCUUAUGUUUUCGAUCCUCAGGAAGUUACGGCACACCCGUCAAGCGCCAUAUUUCCUGGAGCGGUAAAUUCAACUGAGAGAGUACAAACCGUGGCAGAAAUUUCAAUUCCAUAUCGACAAUUUCGUACGGGACUUAAAAUUCAUGGAGAGGAUGGCCCAUGGGGCAAAUUCGAGAAGCCUGAACCUAACCUUCAAGCAGUUGAGGGAUACAGCUCUCACUGGUACAGUACGGGAAGUUAUGCUCCUCCAGGCACCCUUGUAACAGUAGGGUUAUCGGCGGCUUCAAAUAUAUCGGCUUUCACGGUACGCAUUGGUUGCCAUAGGGAUGACUUAAGCGAUAAGACGGAAUGGGUUAGGUACCCAAUGAUUGUAAUGGUUAAAAGAAUUUCUGGUGCCUCAACUACUAUAUCGAGUCCUUUUGGUGGAUUGAUCUACAUUUCAAACGUCGUCUCGGACGAGGCUAUUCAAAUUUUGAAUGUAACCGUGACAGGGGGAGUAGUCAGCCCCUCGUUUUUCAAGGGGACAACGUCUGUUCAAGAGUGGAGAGACACUAUUCGAUACUUUGGUGCUCCUUGGUCAGAAUUUGUCGGCGAACGUGUGGUCCUUUCCGUUCCAGCAGAUGUCGCAAGAACUGUAGAAGAUCCGUUUGAGCUCCUCGUAUUUUGGGACGAUGUCAUCAAUUCUAUCUCUGACUUUGCUGGCGUAGUUCGUUCCGAGAAUUACCAGCGAUUCGUGUUCGACGCUGAUAUUGGGGGAGGCUAUAUGCAUUCCGGAUUUCCAAUUAUGGCACUUCUCGGAUCGGCGGGAAAUAGCGUCAAUUUGACCAUUCUGCGCCAAAAUGUGGGCGAUAACCGGGGUUUCUUUCAUGAAUUGGGGCACAACCAUCAAUGGCACGAGUGGACCUUUGAAGGCGGAACGGAAGUCACCUGCAACAUAUUCUCGAUGUACGUCAUGAACCAAUUCUUGGGUCACCCCAUGCCAGACACUCGUCCCCACAUCUUACUGCCUGAAAACCUUCGGAGGUACAUAACUCAGUAUAUCUCCGAGGGAAUUAACUACCCAAAUUUUCAAAGGGACUACGACCGCGGUCUAAUUUUCUAUUACCAAUUGGAACGAAUUUUUGGAUGGGCCGCUUACAAAGAGGUGUUCCAGAGGUAUCGCGACCUGCCGGGGGUGAACUACCAAGGAACGAUGAUGAGAAGCGUGACACCUGGCUCAUUAUUUUUUCAACUGUGGUGCAACGCGAUAUUUCCGAAUUGAUGAAAUCGUGGGGAAUUCCGGUCUCCGCCGCGGCAGAGGAUCAAGUUGCCCACCUGCCCGAUUCCGGGUUUACGAUUUACUCCUUGCUGGAGUAACCAAGCUGAUAUAUGAAUGAAUGGGUGGCCUCAAUAUUUUUUUCGUGUAAACGACCAAUUUUUUUAUCCUUAUCGGUUUCUCUGAUUAGCUCUUGAUAAGAAUUACACAUUUAUUUUCCGUAUGUGUUUCACCCUGACGCUACCUAUUAAUUUGAAAUUAUUUAUGUAAGAGACCAGCUCGCUGGGGGGUUUUUUCAACUUAUUACUCUUUUGCGUGCCCUCCCUCGAAAAUAUUGAG